UAAGCCAUUUGUUACCUGACCAGCAGGUUCCUCGCGCAGUAAACCCGCUGAAUUCCCCGUAUUUUUCGCGACACACAGAGCGAAGUGAAUGUCCUGUCUGCUUCAGCUCCUUACACGUUACCUGUGACAUUUACUGCCCCUUAACCCUGAUGAGAUAUUGAAACGUGUUGCAUCGGGUACUGAUUUGUUUGAGCUCUAUACCCUGCUCCAAUGGCUCAGCCCAAACCACUAUUCAUUCCUUGGUUGAAGCAGCAGAUUGAUAGCGGAAGAUACCCCGGCGUUCAGUGGGUCAACCAGGAAUGCACAAAAUUCAGCAUUCCUUGGAAGCACGCUUUGAGGCAGGACUCGAACAGUGAUGACAUCCUCAUAUUCAGGGCAUGGGCACAGACAAGCACUGGCUCCAAUGGACAGACCCAAGGCGACAGCUCGGUGUGGAAAAGAAACUUCCGCAGUGCUCUCAGAGCCCGAGGAUUCCAGAUGGUGAAAGACAACAAGAAUGAUACUGCAAACCCUCAUAAAAUCUUUGCGUGGCCAGAUGACAGCCAGUCUGGCGCAUCUACUGAUGAUUCACCAGUGUGUAAUACUGAAAUUUCAUAUGGUGGUGCCCUGUACCUGGGAGAAGAAGAGCUGUUUCCAGGUGGGAGCGCGCAUGAUGAUUUGCUGCAACGGUGCCUAGAGGAUCUGAAUAUUGUUGAAACUCCACCAGAGAUGCCUUUGGAUCACCAAGUCUUCGUUAGCAAACCGAAUAGCACGGCUUUCUGCGACCAUCCAUUUCCCAUUCAGGAAACUUUGAGCAUGCAUCACCAUUCUCCAGCUGAGGCCAGCGCAGGACAGAUAUCUCCUGCUGAAGGCGCUUUAGCUCAUUGCCAAUAUUCUCCACCAGAUGGCGCAUUCAUAGGCACGCAGCAGCCCGCGCUGCAGGCUGAACUGGAGCCACAUCUUCCUGUGCAGUCCACUUCUAACGACUCAGGCUCUAACCUUUUGGAUACACAUUUUAAGGUGAACAUAUAUUACAGAGGAAGGCAGGUGUUACAUCAGGUGGUGGAAAACGAGGACGGUUUCUGUCUGAUGUUCAGGAAUGACCCUAACCGAAUGGCAAGCCCGCUCCCUGUUGUGCAGCUUCCCAGCACAGAGUCUAUACUGGACCAGACCCAGGCCCAGUCCACCCAGUCCAUUUUGGAUAAUCUGGGUGGGUUUGAGGUGAGGCGGGAGGGUGGCAUGCUGUUGGGAUAUCGGUGGGGAGACAGUCGUGUUUACUGGGGACUAGACAAACACGAGAAAAGCCCUGCAUCCAGACAGCUCUCGAAAAACCAGCCCGAACCCAUCUAUUCCUUUAGAGACUUCAUAUUUGGCCUGAUAGAGUUUAUGAAUAACCGUGGACCAUCUCCUUCAUACUCGCUCUAUUUCUUUCUGGGACAGCAGUGGCCCGACCCCAAGAACAAACCCUGGGAGAAGAAGCUGAUUAUGGUAGAGGUGAUUCUCACUUCUCUGGAGCACCUGAAGAAGUUGGCUGCUGUACACGGCGCAUCCUCGCUGCAGUCAUCUAUGGACUUGCAGAUUUCCUUAGAGCAGAUGAUGGAAUUCUGUUAGAGACUCAUUCAGGGUAGAAAAGCUGCAGCUUGGAGAUGAACUACACUAUGUCUCCAGGCAUAAAUGAGCGGAUUCCGACAGUCCAGUGUGUAAAUUCAUUUUUAGGGGGUUAGCAGGAGUGGUUUUGUCUGCAGAAAGACAUUUUCAUCAAGUGUCAUGCAGUGCUGUUAUUUUAGACACCAAAUUAAUGAUCUGUAUGUUGACCUCAAGUUUGUGGAUGAAUAAAGAUAAUGUAUGAAAUGUA